GGUAGGAUACGAAUGUGAAGCUGGGAUGGAAAAUCUAAACCAAAGCAGGAGAGAUUUUUUUUUGCCUUUAGUGAGGGAAGAGAAAGGAACAGGGGAAGGAGAAAGAGAAGGAACGCUUGGACAGAGACAAGAAGAGACUGAGAAGACUGGCCAAACAGGAUACUACUGAAUUCCAUUCAACAUGGAAAAUAUGGAGCUGCCACCUCGACCAAAACUCUUUGACUUCCAUGGACUCUCCAUGAUCCACUAUUUCACUGACAACUGGGAAAACAUACAAAACUUCCAGGCCAGGCCAGAUGAUAUCCUCAUCGCCACAUACCCCAAAGCAGGUACCACAUGGGUCUCCUACAUUCUAGACCUGCUGUAUUUUGGUCAGACAGCCCCUGAGCGUCAGACUUCACUGCCUAUCUAUGAGAGAGUGCCAUUCCUGGAGAGUGACUUCCAUAUUCUCCCUCCAGGAACGGAGCUGGCAGACAAGUUAUCCACCUCUCCUCGCCUCAUCAAGACUCACCUCCCAGUCCAGUUGGUGCCCAAGUCCUUCUGGGAGCAGAACUGCAGGAUAGUGUAUGUGGCCCGUAAUGCCAAGGACAAUGCAAUGUCUUAUUUCCACUUUGACCGCAUGAACCAGGCACAGCCAGAGCCAGGAGACUGGAGCAACUUCUUACAGAGAUUCAUGGAUGGAAAGAGUGAGUUGGUGUUUGGUUCCUGGUACGACCAUGUGACUGGCUGGUGGGAGAGGAAACAUACUCACUCAAAACUCCACUACGUUUUCUAUGAGGAUAUGGUUGAGGAUACGGGGAGAGAGCUGGACAGGCUGUGCUCCUUCCUAGGGUUGUCUCCUUCAGCAGAGGAGAAGGAGAGGGUGAGAGGAGGAGUGCAGUUUGAUACAAUGAAGAAGAACAGCAUGGCCAACUACUCCACCGUCCCAGUCAUGGAUUUCAAGAUCUCUCCAUUCAUGCGAAAAGGAACCACAUGGGUCUCCUACAUUCUAGACCUGCUGUAUUUUGGCCAGACAGACCCUGAGCAUCAGAGACCCAUCUUUGAGAAAGCAAACAUAUCAAUGGAGCGUUAUUCCUCUCUAUGUUUGAAUAAUUCAACCAUUUGGAUCGCUAAAAGAUUCUGUUCAAGUUUCAUAUCAAGCAUAAACAAUACUGUGGUGAUCCUUGAUCGAAUACAUGUCCCACUUUUACAGAUGGAGCUGCCACCUCGACCAAAACUCUUUGACUUCCAUGGAGUCUCCAUGACCAACUACUUCACUGGCAACUGGGACAAUGUACAGAACUUCCAGGCCAGACCAGAUGACAUUCUCAUCGCUACCUACCCCAAAGCAGGAACCACAUGGGUCUCCUACAUUCUAGACCUGCUGUAUUUUGGCCAGACAGACCCUGAGCAUCAGAGACCCAUCUUUGAGAAAGUUCCUUUUCUGGAGUUGCUCAUUCCUCUUUACCCUCCAGGGGUGGAGGUGCUGGACAACUUAACCACCUCUCCUCGCCUCAUCAAGACUCACCUCCCAGUCCAGUUGCUGCCCAAGUCCUUCUGGGAGCAGAACUGCAGGAUAGUGUAUGUGGCCCGUAAUGCCAAGGAUAAUGCCGUGUCCUAUUUCCACUUUGAUCGCAUGAACCAGGCACAGCCAGAGCCAGGAGACUGGAACAACUUCUUACAGAGAUUCAUGGAUGGAAAGAUGGUGUUUGGUUCGUGGUUCAACCAUGUGACUGGCUGGUGGGAGAAGAAACAGACUCACUCCAAAAUCCUCUACCUCUUCUAUGAGGACAUGGUUGAGGAUACGAGGAGAGAGCUGGACAGGCUGUGCUCCUUCCUAGGUUUGUCUCCUUCAGCAGAGAAGAAGGAGCAGGUGAGAGGAGGAGUGCAGUUUGAUACAAUGAAGAAGAACAACAUAGCCAACUGUUCCACCCUCCCAAUCAUGGAUUUCAAAAUCUCUCCAUUCAUGCGAAAAGGAAAGGUUGGUGACUGGAUGAACCAUUUCACUGUGGCCCAGAGUGAACAGUUUGAUGAAGACUAUAAGAAGAAGAUGAAGAACACCACCGUACAGUUCCGCACUGUAGUCUAGGGGUUGUGGUCAAGUUGAUUGUCUGAUUGUUUGUGGUCAGGUUGAUUGAUUGUUUAUUUGGCGCAUAUGGACCUACGAUAGGCUCGGCUGGGGUGUCAGUCUUCCAUUGGUCCACAGUUAACUGGGUUAUGGUGUUGAAAUAUACAGGGUGAGGAUCAUAUCGUAUCAUAUCCUAGAGUGUGAAUGAGAAAAUCAUGGAGUGUCUUUUAAUAUCAUUUUUUGAGAAUGAUUGAUGCUACUUUGAGAAAUUAGCUAUAGGUUGAGAACUAAAAACAAAAGUAAAAUGAGGACAUUCUGCACAGUACAUUCUUAGCAAUGUGAGCUAUUUGUAAAUCCUCUUGCCUGGUCUGUUUUUCAGUGUAUGAGAAAAAAAACAGUGAGAGUCGAUACAGUAAUAAAUAUGUGAAUGGAGAAGAGCA